AGAAAGUUGAAUGACCCAAUUGGGAGAAUGAUGAUACUGGUGUGAAACUUAGGCCUUUGUUAGAGCACAUCACAUCCUAGCCUGUAUUAUGGCUGGACUUGAUGACUACCAGUUCUUUUCAAACCUACGUGAGAGAGAGACCCCUUUUUGGCAGAAGACUUACGAAGAUAAGGAAAAAAUAAUGGAACCAACAGACUGUUAUCGGAGACCCACCGAGUUCCCUCAGACUCUACUGAACCCUGUACAUGGCUCUCCUCAGACAACUAAACCAGUUUUACCAAAGCCUCAUGAUCAUGAUUCAUACAAGGACAUUCAGAUGGAGAAAUAUGGAGAGUUAUCCAUCAACAUAGUCAGCUUGUGUUCAGAAAAUUUACUUAGUCAUCCCUUUAUUGUGGUUAGAAGACAGUGCCAGGUGAAUGUUAAUAGCCAGCGUUACCAUGUCCUGCCAAUAACACUUGUGCCAGCCUUAAUACACAUGCAAGGAUGUCAAGGUUUCUCUGCUUUUUGGAAAGGGCUGGGCUCAAUACUUACAGUAAAAGGAGUGACCAUGGCCCUAGAAGACUUCAUUUCAAAAUUUACUCCAUGGCCAAAGGAGAUCUCCCCUCACAGCUCUCCUAAGACGAUGGGGCAGCACUUACUUUUAAAGUGUUCUGCCUUGGCUCUCAUCACGCCAUUCUAUAGUGCCAGCCUUGUGGAAACUGUUCAGAGUGAAAUAGCCAGUGAAAAGCCAGGUGUCCUAGAUGUUUUUAAGGAAGGGCUAACACGCCUGCUGUCUUUUACACAGCCACAGACAGGACGUAUGCUUCCAGUUUGGUUGCUAAUAGUUCCAACAGUAGCACAUGGCAUUCUUCAAUACCUUAUUGGUAAUGCAGUAUCAACGAUUACAUCACAAAUUUUGAGGCGUUACCACAGACAAGAUCAACAAAAGCAGGGUGCUGUAAGUAAGGACUCAGGGUCAUUUUUGGAUGCAUCUGUCCGUCUCCAAUCAACUUUUAUAGGCCAUCUAGCAUCUGAUGUCUUGCUUUAUCCACUGGAGACUAUUCUACACAGACUCCACAUGCAAGGUACUCGCACAAUUAUUGACAGUCUUGAUGUAGGGUAUGAGGUGAAGCCUAUACUCACACGCUAUGAAGGAUUCUUUGACUGCCUUAACACUACAGUCAAGAGGAGGGAUUCUUGGGACUUUUUAAGGAACAGCCCAUUGUCCUGCAUCCAGAGGCAGGAGAGUAUAUUGCAGAAUAGAACUUAGUCACCCCUCUGACACCAAGUGCUCCAUACACUCCCAUAUCUGCUGUGCAUCCAGGAGUGGCUAGUUUACAUUCAUCCCCUCUCACUACAUCCUAUCAUGGAUCACCAAGAUCAGGGCCAUUUGGUGCUCAAUCUCCAGUAGCGGGAUCAAGAGGAUUUUGCACCUAUGUUCUCCAUCAGGACGCAGAAUCGACGAGGUAGACUUAAGAGCAGAGAUGGAGAGGCACAAAAUUAGUCUCAGCCUAGAUGAAUGAUUUAUGCCAAACUUAAAAUAUGUUUAGUUUAUUUUUGUUGAUAUGCAUAGAUAUUUUACUUUAAGAUUGUCAUAUUCCUUGUUUAAGCAAGUGUUACUUGAAUAUACUACAUAUUGUAAAUGAUAGUUGUUUCCAGGAGAUGCCUUCUCACCCUAUGAAAGUGGGAAGUGAUUCAGUGUUCUUGAAUAUUCAUUGACAACAUAAUAAAUACAAAAUAAAAUCAAUGAUGAGUAUCUUUGUUGCAUUUUUAUGACUACCUGCAACUUGCAUUUCUUUAAAGAAUAUUUGUUUUGCAAAUUUACUUUUAAUUGGUAUAUUAAUUUGUUCAAAUAUUAGACAGUAACAUGUAAAAUUACAUUUAAUACCUUGUUUCAGCAGCUGCAGAAGUUAAAAGCUAAUAUAACCUAGUUCUUCAGUACUUCACAGUGUUAAAUUAGACACAUGUGCAACUCUUGGGUAUCUUUAUCUCAAUAAAGAUACCCAAGAGUUGCACAUGUGUCUAAUUUAACGUGUCGGUUCUUUGAACCAUUCAUCUACAGUACUUCACAGUAAAUAAUUGACAUUUGUUGUUAGUCAUUUUUUUUACUCUGAUUACUUGAUGAUUUGUUGUGUGCAUUUAUUUCUUAAAUUGAAAUUAUUUAAUGUGA